AUGGCCGACAAUCACUUGGAUCCGCAGGCUUUCAAGGCCUGCUACGCCCAGUUUUCAAGAGCAGAUAGCGACCGUGAUAUCCUCUUCAAUCAGCUUCUGAACGGCUAUGAAGCCUUGCUAAACGAGAACACGAAGGUCAUACAGGAGUUAAAGGAUGUGAAGGAGAAACGAUUUCUAUGGCAGAGCCAGGCCAGAUCCUUCAAGAGCGAAUUGGCCUUGACGGAAUCGACGACUGAUUUUCGUCCUUUCGUCGUCAUGAUCAUGAACGGAGACGGUGCCCAUUUUAAAGACGACUUUUUCCGACAAGGCGAAACCGGUGGCGAGUCUGCAGCCAAGGAACUCAAAAACCAGAUCAGAUCCCAUCUCCGGGUCAAGUAUUCCGACAUAAAUAUUGACGAUUGGAACAUCAUGGUCUACUUGUACGCAGAUAUGGAUGGCCUGGCCAAGGUCUUCACAUCCAGACGUGUUAUAUCGAGCGCCUCUGAGAUGCAGAAAUUCUGUUCUGCCUUCAGUCGUGCCAAUAGCCUCUUCUCCUUUGUCGACGUUGGCCCCGGCCAGGCUAAAACGGACCAUAAGUGUCGGAAGAUGCUUGACUUCAUGCUGCACAUCUCAUCCUGCCAACACGUCUUCUUUGGGCCGUGCCGUGAUGUGUACGGAUAUUUGACCUUGUUGAGGGAGUACAAGCAGGAUUUGUCCAGAGAGAAGUUGAUCCUGGUCUCUGCUGGUACAGCCCCGCCAGAUUUUACCGGUCUGAAUUUUAAAUUCGCCAGCUUUUCGAGCGUAUUUAGUUCAGAGCCUCUCGACAACGCAAGGGACGCCAGGUCUCCCCGUCUCGACAUCGGCAUCGAGCCUUUCCCACCUCCUCUGGCACCCCCGCCUGGCUUGGCCACAAUCGAGUCCGUUAACGAGUGCUCUGACAUCAACGGCGGCUCGUCCACUGCGCUCACUCCUGCGUCUCCUGCGACAUCGUUCGUAGGGAACGUCUCGGUGUCGCUCUCACAGACACCAACCUGGGCAGUUGUCUCCAAGCUGAGCAAUGGCCCCGUCAUUGACCUCUACAGCAAGAAGGAGUCCACACCCAAGCUCAGAUACAUGCUCUUGAAUGCGUCCAACCAGCGCGUCGACGAGCGUCUCCCUGCCUUUGACCAUGCGGGCAUGCGGUCCAUCGACGCCAGGACGCGCGCUCUGGGACGCAACUUUUGCAAUCCCUACCACUUGGGCUUCGGGUGCGGUCGAGGCGACGCGUGCCACCAUCACCACGACGUGAGCCCCAAGCUCACGCCUGCGGAGAAGCUCGCCCUCCGCCACAAGAGCCGUCAGAUCCGCUGUCCUGGUGGCCAGUUCUGUGCCCGUCCUGGUUGUUUGAACGGACACCACUGCAAGCACAGCUAUGACAAGGAGGGCCAAUGUCUCUGGGGUUCCAAGUGCUUCUUCAAGGAUACGCACGGCAUAGAUGUGUGUUUGAGGACGGCUCUCGCGAAGACCUCACCCUUCACUCGAGGCCUAGCACCCGUUGAAUGCUGUGAUUCCGCGGGCUAG